AUGGAGUCGAUUAAUGGAUAUAGGUCGGUUGCUGAGUUCUACAAUGGCAAGUCUAUCUUCGUCACAGGCGGUACUGGAUUUCUUGGCAAGGUGCUUCUCGAGAAGUUGCUCUACAGUUGUGAGGGGAUUGCGAAUAUAUUCGUCCUGAUUAGAGACAAAAAAGGUGUCACAUCUGAACAAAGACUAAAACAAGUCAUUGAAAAACCUGUUUUCUCAAGAAUUAAAACCGAAAGGCCAGAUGAUCUUAACAAAUUGAUACCAAUCAGGGGUGAUAUUAAUUUACCAAACCUUGGUCUAACGUCGGCAGAUGAGGAGAAACUUCUAGAGAAGGUUUCAGUAGUGAUUCAUAUGGCAGCCACGAUCAAAUUUCAUGAGGAAUUAAAAAUAUCAGUGAACUCCAAUGUAAAAGGAACUGAAUACGUUCUGAAUCUUUGCCAUCGGAUAAAGAGAUUAGAGGCGUUCAUCCACAUAUCAACAGCGUACUGUAACACAGAUCAACAACUAUUAGAAGAGAAGGUGUACCCACCCAGAGUAGAACUUGACGAGGUCCUCAGGUUUAUAGAACAGCCUGACCAGGAUGAAGAAGUAAUUAAAAAAAGCUUUUUAAAAAGUUUACCGAAUACCUACACAUUUACCAAAGGUCUAGCAGAAAACUACGUAUUGGAUCAUCAUGGCAAUAUUCCUACAGUUAUCGUGAGGCCUUCAAUAGUGUCAGCUGCUCUAAGAGAACCUUUAGAAGGCUGGAUAGACAACUGGUUCGGAGCCACAGGAAUGAUAGUUUCGACUGUCAAGGGAGCUAAUAGAGUCAUACUUGGACAUCCAGAGAACGUGCUAGACCUAAUACCGGUCGAUUAUGUCGUAAAUGUUAUUAUUGUAGCUGCUUCUCAAUGUCGUGAAAAACUGACUGUUUACAAUUGCUGUACCAGCUCCUGCAAUCCUUUAUCCCUACAAAAGCUCGUACGUCGUGUUAAGAAGACUGCUAUCGCAAUUGGAUUCCAUGACAACUCAUAUUCAAAUGCGAUGUUCACGAACAAGAAAUGGAUGCUGCUAAUCCUGACGUUUCUACUGCAAACAAUACCUGCUUAUGUGGGUGAUUUGAUUCUUUGGCUAAUGGGCAAAAAACCAAAGUAUGUGAAAUUUCAGUCUCAGGCGAUCGCAGUCCGAAACCUCAUCAAUUUCUUCACGUCUAAUUCCUGGGAGAUGAAAAUGGAUAAUGUUAAAACUCUACACGCAUCUCUUUCACAUGUUGAUCAAAAAGACUUCCCAUGCGAUCCCUCCGAUAUUAACUGGAAAAAAUAUAACAAUAACUUUGUAGUCGGGAUUAAAAAGUAUCUAGUGAAGUAG